CGCCGUGAGGGCGGGCUCGGCCGGCGGCGGGACGAGCGAGCGGCGGAGCCGUCGCCCCGAGGGGGCACCAAGAUGGCGGCGGCAGAGCAGCGGCUGGCCUGGGAUAUUCCACCAAAAAAUGGCAGCGAAGUAUUUUUCUCACAUGAAAUUUAUGAAAAAUACUCAUUGGCUCCAAGCCUGUCUGAACUAUGGAAUUUAUCAAACAGAGUGGCAAAGAAAAAUGUGGAGGUAUUGGCAAACUCUUCAGAAAACAAACAGAGUUGUAACAUACAGGCUGCAGAUCCACUUGAGGUGGAUGCUAAAUCCACAACUGGUGAUCAUCCUUUACCAGAACCUAGACUCCCCUAUCCAUUUACUUCUUGUUUGACUGAGAAGGAGCAGAAAACAUACUUAUAUCUGAUGACUAAGUUCUCAAAAAAAAACAACCAUUUUCCACUCAAUGCAGCAAAUCAAAGAGAAUUACUCACGUAUCUGCAAAUGAAAGAAGCAGUAAACAAUGAAGUUGCAGAAUUUAUGAAAUUUGCUCAAAAUGCUGCAAAAAGCUGCUCCCAAGACUACGAUAACAUCUCUGAAGAUGCAGUACUUUAUACUGAGGAAUUAUUCAGUGCUUGUAUUGGACACGUGAAGAAGUUUCCUGAGUUUUACACACUCCAGGAGAUCAUGAGUAUCAUGGGAGGAAAAUUUAACACACAGUUGACCUUUAGGCUGGAAAAAACUCUUCUUGUAAUGGGCACAGCAAGAUAUGGUAAAGCAUAUUUCCCUACCAUGCCUGUUCAGCUGCCCACAGAUUAUAAAACUGUUACAUCUUUUAUAACUCCAGAUAAAAAGGCUUCUAUUAUGCAAAAUGAUAUUAGUUCAGAUUCAAAUGCAGAAAAACUUGCUUUGAAAUACUCUCCUCAAGUUGUUUUAAGUAAUCAGUCAUUAUUUACUUUGCUGAAUAACCAUGGACUAAAUUACAAGGAACAGUGGGAAAUUCCAGUUUGUGUUAAGAUGAUCCCUGCUGCAGAUAGCAAACCAGCUAAAGUGGUUUACAUUGACUCACCUCUUCUGAAAAAGGAAAUGACAGUAAGAGAGAGGAACCAAGUCUUCCAUGAAAUUCCAAUAGAUUUCCUAGCAUCUAAGAAGUCUUACGUUUCAGUUUCUGAUGUUUUGAUGGACAAACCAGCUGAGGACAAUCUACUUCAGUGGGAAAUGGCUUCUGAUACCUGCGAAUACAGGAAGAUUCCUCUUCCAAAUGACACAGGAAUGGAGUUUGAUGAUGAUGUUACAGAACUGGAAACUUUUGGUGCAGCUGUCAAACUCUCAGGGAUUUCUAAAACAGAAAAUACUUCUCCUACAGUUAGUAAUGCUGGUAAAGUUUUGUCACAUGACCUAAAAUUAGGAAAGAAAAAGACAUCCACUGUAAACAGUGAAGCUGAACAAGGAAGAACCUCAGUUUCUGAGCAAGGAGUUUCAUCGUAUUCCAACAUGCAGUUUCCAUCAUGUGGUGUUCUAUGCUUCAGCCCUGGAGAAAACUCAUCUCAUAAAAACUUUCAGUCAGAGGAGGUAGAGUUGAACAAAGCACAGCAUGUCAUGAAUAAGAAAGUAUCAGACAAUGAAACAAAAUUAAAUACUUCAUAUAAUGCUGUUAGUUUCAAGAAAGAGUCUGAGGCUGCACAAAAAAAUGAGACAUACACUCCUUUAUGCAGUAGUGACACUGAUGAAGAUCGUUUGAUAAUUGAUACAGAAUGUAAAAACACUUAUUCUUGCAAAACAACUGUACCAAACACUGUUUCUCGUACCUCAGCACGGACUUCCAAGUCACCUUCCCCCACCCAAAAUCCAUCAGCAAGUAUGACUGAUUGCUCAGAAGUCAUCGAUCAGGGAGAAAGUGCUUCCAGAAUGCUAACAAGAAAGUUGUCCAAAGAAUUUGAUCCUGUUGGACAGAUUUUGAAAAUGCAAACAGAACUCCUUAAGUCACCUUCCCAAAAAGGUCAUGAGCAGCCAUUAGUGAGCUGUGAUAGUUCUACUGCUAUGCAAGCUCAUGUGCCUCAAUCUCCAAAGCCAUCAGUGAUCUCCCAUGCAGAAACUUUGCCAAGUCCUGCCUCGAAUCCCAGUGGCUCAUCUAGGAAUACCUGGACAUGGCUUUUUCAGGGCGUGCCAAAGAGAAAGCUGCCAGAUGAACUUCAGAUGCUUGCGGAAAACCCUUCAGAGUAUAAAGCACCUCAGGAUGGCAACCUUGUGUAUAAGCUAUUCAGUUUGGAUGAUCUGUUGUUACUUGUGCGUUGCAAUGUGCAGAAAGUGAAGCCAUUGCCACAUUCCUAUAAAAAGAAAAAAGAUCAAAAGAUUGUUCCAAUAUUCCUGUUGCCAAAACUGGAAUACCAAGCCUAUUAUGGUGUUGAAGCUCUUACGGAAAGUGAAGUAUGUCAGAUGUGGACAGAGAGUAUGUUGCAUUCUGCAUGUUUAUUUUAUAUUGGGCGUAUUGAUGCUUUUACAUCAAAGCUUAUUAUGCUAGAAAAGAUUUCUCCAGAAAUUUUAAGAGAAAAACUUGGAUUGAUUAAGCCUGCAAAUUCAUUAAAUAUACUUCAUCACAUUUUGAAGAAAGUGUCUGAUUUGCAGGAGGGCUCUUAUCUAUUGACUCAUGCCGCAGGAGAUUCAUCAGUUGCAAUCUACAAGAGUUCUCUUGACAAGGCAACGAGAGCAUCGUAUAACUUACAUAAGGCCCAUUGUGAUUUGCCCACAGUACCUGCCACAUUGUCAGUCCCUUGGGUGCCACUGGAUCCCAGCCUCCCUUUGCCCUAUCACAUGAAUCAUGGCAGAGUGCCAUGCACUUUUCCACCUGCACCCCAAGAAUCCAUGUGGAAACACAAGAUGACGGGGGUGAAAGGGCAGUCGGACACACCCUACGAGGGAAAGCCAGUAACUAUAGAAACAAAAGGCAAUCCGGCUAAGCCUGUUAGAAAUGAAGGUGUGGCUACAAAGAAGCUGAAGAAGAUUUACCGCAAACAAAGAAUGAUGAAGAAAAAGUGGAAAAUGAAGUAAAAUACAAGUGAAGUAGGAAUAGCUGAGCUGUGCUAAGUAUGGGCUGGAGAAGGACAAAAUGAAACAAGAAAUCUGAGGCUUUCUUGCAGUUUCAAAGGAGCCAGAACAAGCUGGCAGGAGAAACAGCUCCACAGCCAUGUUUAAAACACUGAAACAGUCUAUAAACCUUAACCCUUUCUUACCUCAGUGCAUACAUUCAAAUGAAAAUCUCAAAUUCAGUCAGGUUUGUUUGUUGUUUUUUUUUUUUUUAAAGGCAAGUGUCUGCAGCUGAGGAAAGAGGAGAAAUGUAUAUUCUGUCUCAUUAUUUCCACAGAAAAACUGCGUCAUGAGGAAUGAAGCAGUGGUUGAUAGCAAUAUCUGAUGUCAGACAGUAGCAAGAAAAACAACUUUUCAGUUUCCUUAAUUCAAGAAUCACUACGUAUUUGUAUUCUGACAUUUUAAAACCAUAUUUUGCUUUAUGUGAUGUAAAUAAGAGAUUUAAUUAGUUUAUCAUUUUAGCACAGUGUCUAACAAUUUUUAAAUUACAUUAAAAAAUACAUUCUUUUUUAGGGUGGUGUAGCAGCUGAGUCUUGGGGAACAAAAGCUGUGCUUAUUUGAAGACUAUGUGCCAUAAAUCUGCACUAGGAAACUUAAAAGUACAGCAAAGUUUGAAAUGGUUAAAGAGUACUUCUAUGCUUCCCCAACACAAUUCCCAAAAAGUUUGGAUUCCAGCAUGUCUUCAAAAAUUAAUAUUGCAGUUUUUUACUAUAUUACUGAAUGGCAGCAGCGUAAAUCUUGUAUCAGAUUGCAGGUGGAUAUACUGUAGUGUUCAUCUGAGGUAUUAAGGUUUGCCUUACGUCAUUUGAUUAAAAAAUCACCUGGACUGUACUGUGCCUCAGCAGUUCACUUAAAAUUUACAGCCAGUCUGACAGACUGAAGUUAAGAAAAGGGAAUAUUUACUGUUUGUGAAAAGGCCAGUAUAAAGCACGUUGUAAGCUAUGAUGCAUCUGUAAUUAACGUGAUUGAUUGUGAGGGAAGAGAGUAUUAAAGCUAUUCUAUGAUACUGACUUUAAGUGUUUCAUGAAACAGAAUUUCAACAGAAACAGUGCUUGAAAUCGUGAAAUGUUCUCAACUCUAGCUUUUGCUUUCUAUUUUCUGAACUGCAGCCUAGGUCUUCCUUUAUUAGGAGUAGUGAUUGUAGAAGAGCUCACGAAUUCUUGAAAGUUUCAAGAAUGAAACCAGUGAAUUCUUUCCCAUUUUUGCCUUUUAAGUCACGCUACCAUUUUAAAAUGUCCGGGCCACUUUUUUUCUUUUUCUGAGUGAUAUUCUGGCUGUUUGUAUACAUGCUUAUACUGCUAACAUGUGAAUCAAAGACCUUACAGGUUUCCUUCCAAGUGUUUUAUUUGGGCAAAGGAAGAUUACCUACUCUUGAUAUUAUACUUUUUUUUUUUAUCAUGAAAGUAAAAAUAAAACAUUUAAUUC